AUGCAGAAGAACCCCCCGUAUUCAUCGUCGUACCAAACGUGUGCGGCUACGCCGGGGGGCCGCAAUCAUGUUGAAGAUGAAACACUUCUCUCGUGGAGCAUGCAUGUGGAAACGGCGCCGGACCACGCAGAGGGACGGAAACUACGACCUUGUUUCUCCAGCGAGAAGCGACGCAAGGGAGCAGACGAACCAUGCGGUUUGCACGUGCGUGCCCCUGAGGGGCUGGCGGCGCCUGAGGGGUUGGCGGCGCCUGAGGCGUUGCCCGGCAGACAGUCGUGGCCAUGCUUUUGGAUUGCGCCAAAUCCGGCGCGUCCUCUCCGCUUCUUCGUCGUUCGAUUUCUUUGGUUAUUUGUCUACUUCGUCGUUGUUGAUAUUGUCAUGGCGAUCGCGGGGGUCAGUUCCGACUAUUUUUAUAUGGUUGAUCCGCAGCCCAAGCUGAAGGAUCGCGUUCACGACUGGAUUAUGGGGGGCAAACCCUCCUCGCAUCUUCCCCAGCUGGUCACAGAUUGUCUGACUGUCGCUUUAGUCGUAAUCACUGGCGUCCGACACGCGUUCUUUGUGCGCAUGCCGCUGAACAUCAUGAUCAUCUAUCGCUUCGUCGCCGUCCUCAUGUCUGUAUACGUGCUGCGGACGAUAGCGAUUUUUGUAACUACGAUGCCUGCGCCAGACGAGUCGUGCACGGCUCCGGAUCUCAGCACUGCAAAGGAAUUCGUGAAGCGGGUUGUGUUGGCAGCCACCUUCCAGGUUUCUCUGUGUACAGACAUGAUCAUCUCGGGCCACACUCUCACCACGUGUUUGUGUUUGUCGAUGUGGCUUUUCUACAACAACUGCAAUAAGCAUGACGACCCGGAGAAAGACCUCAUUUUGUUUUACUUUUUGCGGGACAAGCUCAGAGAUGCAUGGCGUCGAUGGCGCGGUCGACAAUCGGCGCAGUCGCGAGACGGGCGUUCGAAGGAACUGGUGCCUGUGUGCAGUACGGACGGCAGCGUUCGUGGCCUCAGCGCGGCACAUUCCGUAUGUGGUCAUGAGCAGCCGCCGAUUCCGCGCUCACUCCAGUCUGAUGCUGGUGGGGAACAGAUUCUGCGCAACAGCGGCGACGUGGGUGAACAGGACCCGCGUACAGAGUCGGAUGUGGCUGCUGAGCCAGAUGUCCGGGUUUGCAUCGAAUGCAGUGAUCCAUCGGGGCAAACGGCGCGCUCAAAAAGCGGCGCCAGUUGCCCUUUGGCUGAGACUGGAGAGGAGUUUCAGGGGUGCGAGCUAGGUGCCUCGGUUGUAUCAGACCGAAUCGAGGGAAGACAGACGGCGCCAUCGACCGCCAAAAGCGCCCAAACUUUCUCGCAAAAAGAAGCAGCGUGCGGUCGCCGUCACCGGGGUGAUGAAGGUGGAAUCCAAGGAGGUCCGUGCCGUGCCGCAGAACAGCGCCGUUCGCGGGCUCCUCGGUCGGACCCGGACACCCUUCAGGCGAACAAGAAAAGCCAAAAUGGAUGUGUUUCUUGGCUGCGGGCAUUCUGGAGAAGGAUGCGCGACUGGAAUCUCUUGGGGGUAUACUGUAUUUUCCAUGGCGCUGUAAACAUCAUCAUAAUCGACCUCUCUUUCUGCCACUACACAGUUGAUAUCACCUUUGGGAUUCUUGUGUGUUUCGCCAUAUUCGCUGCCUAUCACAUGAUUCUUUCUCUGUUGUGGGCGGAGAGGGUCGAGUUAACGCGGUUGUCAGCCAGAACACAGGUGCUCAUCACUCGGCAGCGGGAAGAAGCCGACGACGUCUACGGGCGGAACGAGCUUCGCGCACCGGUGAAUGUCGAACAUCGGAGUCACGCCGGCGGGUGUUUCGCCGGCGCGCACAGCGCUGAAGGCCUCGACGCCAGUCAGCGAGUCCACAUGGAUCGGGAGGGAGGAGGGAUGAAGUCGCGAGGUGGUACUGCUCGACAGGGUGUGGAAGUUGAAGGAAACGGCGUCAAGCGCGGAGACCGUUUGACCCUGAUUGGAAGCCUCCGCGGCGAGGCUAUUCGGGAUCCUCAACCUAGCUAUGCCACAGCAAUUUUGGCGUUUCCCCUCGUUCGUAUCCCGGCGUAUUUAAUUAGGCGAUUUGAAGGGCUUGACUGA